AUGAGAACUUACCGAUACUUCUUGCUUCUCUUUUGGGUUGGCCAGCCCUACCCGGCUUUCUCAACUCCAUUAUCUAAGAGGACUAGUGGUUUCCCAGCAAAGAAAAGGGCCCUGGAGCUCUCUGGAAACAGCAAAAAUGAGCUGAACCGUUCGAAAAGGAGCUGGAUGUGGAAUCAGUUCUUUCUGCUGGAGGAAUACACAGGAUCCGAUUAUCAGUACGUGGGCAAGUUACAUUCAGACCAGGAUAGAGGAGAUGGAUCACUUAAAUAUAUCCUUUCAGGAGAUGGAGCAGGAGAUCUCUUCAUUAUCAAUGAAAACACAGGAGAUAUACAGGCCACCAGGAGGCUGGACAGGGAAGAAAAACCUGUUUACAUCCUUCGAGCUCAGGCCAUAAACAGAAAAACAGGGAGACCCGUGGAGCCCGAGUCUGAAUUCAUCAUCAAGAUCCAUGACAUCAAUGACAAUGAACCAAUAUUCACCAAGGAGGUUUACACGGCCACUGUUCCUGAAAUGUCUGAUGUCGGCACAUUUGUUGUCCAAGUCACUGCAACUGAUGCUGAUGAUCCAACGUACGGAAACAGUGCUAAAAUUGUCUAUAGCAUCCUACAGGGGCAGCCCUAUUUUUCAGUUGAAUCAGAAACAGGUAUCAUCAAGACAGCCUUGCUCAACAUGGAUCGUGAAAACAGGGAGCAGUACCAAGUGGUGAUUCAAGCCAAGGAUAUGGGUGGACAGAUGGGGGGAUUGUCUGGGACCACCACAGUGAACAUCACGCUGACGGAUGUCAAUGACAACCCUCCCCGCUUUCCCCAGAGUACAUACCAAUUUAAAACCCCUGAAUCAUCUCCGCCGGGUACACCAAUUGGCAGAAUCAAAGCCAGUGAUGCCGACCUGGGAGAAAAUGCUGAAAUUGAGUACAGCAUCACAGAGGGAGAGGGGCUGGACAUGUUUGAUGUCAUCACCGAUCAGGAAACCCAGGAAGGGAUUAUAACUGUCAAAAAGCUCUUGGACUUUGAAAAGAAGAAAGUGUACACCCUCAAAGUGGAAGCCUCCAACCCUCACAUUGAACCCCGCUUUCUCUACCUGGGUCCAUUCAAAGAUUCAGCCACAGUUAAAAUUACGGUGGAAGAUGUAGACGAGCCCCCUGUCUUCAGCAAACUGGCCUACAUCCUACAAAUAAGAGAAGAUGCUCAGAUAAAUACGACAAUAGGCUCAGUCACAGCCCAAGAUCCAGAUGCUGCCCGAAAUCCUGUCAAGUAUUCUGUUGAUCGACACACAGAUAUGGACAGAAUAUUCAACAUCGAUUCUGGAAAUGGUUCAAUUUUUACAUCGAAACUUCUUGACCGAGAAACAUUGCUGUGGCACAACAUUACAGUAAUAGCAACAGAGUUCAAUAAUCCAAAGCAAAGCAGCCGAGUACCACUGUAUAUUAAAGUUCUAGAUGUCAAUGACAACCCUCCAGAAUUUGCUGAAUUCUAUGAAACCUUUGUCUGUGAAAAAGCAAAAGCAGAUCAGUUGAUUCAGACCCUACGAGCCAUUGACAAGGACGACCCUUACAGCGGGCACCAAUUCUCAUUCUCUUUGGCCCCAGAAGCAGCCGGUGGCUCAAACUUUACCAUUCAAGACAACAAAGACAACACAGCGGGAAUCUUAACUCGGAAAAAUGGCUAUAAUAGACACGAGAUGAGCACCUACCUCCUGCCUGUGGUCAUAUCAGACAAUGACUACCCAGUCCAAAGCAGCACUGGGACAGUGACUGUCCGGGUCUGUGCAUGUGACCACCAAGGGAACAUGCAGUCCUGCCAUGCGGAGGCCCUUGUCCACCCCACGGGACUGAGCACGGGGGCUUUGGUUGCCAUCCUGCUGUGCAUCGUGACCCUACUAGUGACAGUGGUGUUGUUUGCAGCUCUCAGGCGACAGCGGAAAAAAGAACCUUUGAUCAUUUCCAAAGAGGACAUCAGAGACAACAUUGUCAGUUACAACGACGAAGGUGGGGGAGAGGAGGACACCCAGGCCUUUGAUAUCGGCACCCUGAGGAAUCCCGAAGCCAUAGAGGACAGCAAAUUACGCAGGGACAUUGUGCCCGAAGCCCUUUUUCUACCCCGACGGACUCCAGCAGCUUGUGAUAACACCGACGUCCGAGAUUUCAUUAACCAAAGGUUAAAGGAAAAUGACACGGACCCCACUGCCCCGCCCUACGACUCCUUGGCCACCUUCGCCUACGAGGGUACCGGUUCAGUGGCUGAUUCCCUGAGCUCGCUGGAGUCGGUGACCACGGAUGGAGACCAGGACUACGAUUACCUUAGUGACUGGGGGCCUCGGUUCAAAAAGCUCGCAGAUAUGUACGGAGGGGUGGACAGUGACAAGGACUCCUAA